AUGUUCAAGUUUUUGGCAUCAUUGAUAUUAUCGUCGGUUUGGGUAUACUCUGUUUAUUUCGAUGUGACGUCACAGCCUCGUUUGGGUCAUGAAUGGUACAUCUAUAAACUCGUCAUGCUCACUAACUUGAAUUUGGUAAGAAUUAAUUUCAAAAAAAUCGAAAUAACUCACUUUUUUUGGGAAACGAAGUGAAAAUUGUAAAAAUUGAGGUUAUGAUUGUGGAAAAUUAUUCUGAAGACGGAUUUUGAAUUUCUGAUGGAUUAAAAAUGUUUACGCUCCUCCUGAAUUAUACACGGUUUUAGUAUAGUAAAAAAAUAAACCUCUUCAAUUUUCAGGGUUUUUUUGCGGAUUAUAACUAUCGGAUAACAUGAAAAUAUUGAAAAAGCAAUUUUUCCACGAGACCGUGAGUCAGAGAAUAAGUAUAUAAACUUCUGUAUGAGUAUAAUAUUUUUCUUUCAUUUCAAUCAAAAGGAUCAAACUCCUAAAAAAUAGUGUAAGAAAAAUUUCUUAAAUCGUUUAUCAUUGUUUAAUGUUUCAGAUAUUGGACACUGUAUACUCGGUUCUUGUUGUCCUGUCAAUCUUGUGCCCAAAAGAAGGAAAACUCCCGAAAAUUGUCGACUUCAUAUUUCACACUUCCGUGUACCCCACUGCAGUGGUAAUCAAGUUUCCAAUCUACCUUUCUAUUUUUGAGCUUCAGAUAACUUGCGUUCUAUUCUGGAGUCUAUAUGUCUUAGAUCCAGGAUUGGUGAUGCCUGAAUGGAUAGCCUCUCUGAUUCCGAACUGGCUGAAUCACGUUACUCACACUUAUCCGGUUGUAUUCGUUCUUUUCGACAAUAUUCUACAUGAAAGGAGAUCUCCGAACCUGGGAAGCAGUCUGACAGCGUCAGCGAUGCUCGUCCUGAUUUAUUUUGUGAUGUGGGUUUUUAUUCGAAGUUUGGAUUUUCAAAAAGGGAAUUCUGAGAAAUUGAAACGUUGAAUUUGAAUCUUGGCAAUGGCCAUAAAAGCCUGUGAAAAAAUAUUCGAUAUUGAAUUUUUAAAACCAAUCGGAAUGAUUUCGCUUUGGAAACCUUCAUUCAAACUUCUGUAGUAGCAAAAUUUUAUUUUUUUAUCGUAUUUCCAAAUUAUUUAGACAAAACUUUUUUUCAUCAAAAAAAUGAAGAAAGACCAAUCGAAGAUUGAAUUUUUCCCAUUCGACCAGAAAGGUCAUUUUUAUUUCACCGCUCAGAAUCUCCUGAAAAUUAGCCAGAAAACUCCUGGACGCGCCAAAUGAAGUUCCUGAAAAUUUCAGCUUGCAUAACUUUGUAGAUUUCGAGAAAUAAUGGCUGAAAUUCUGAAAAUGGCCUAUUUUAAAAAAAUUUUGAGGGUUUUCUCAGAUUUUGAACCAAAAUUUCUUGUAAACUAAGAAGAUGCACAGAUUAGGACUUCCAGAGCGUUUCUCUGGUACAUUAGGAGUGUUCUUUCCAGCUUCCGGAAAAUCCUAACCCCAAAGUAAACUGAUCUUCUUUCUGAGCCACUAUAUCUUUUUUCGAAUGUCGUUACUUUUGAGUUAAGGCUGGGUGAAUAAAAUUUAUUAGUUUUUUCUAUUCACAAAAGUUUCAUCAUUAGUCGAGCCGGUUAGAUUUCUGUACUUCAGAUCCCCUCAAGAAUUGGUUUUUCCCGAUCUCUUUGAUAUCUUCAUUCUCCAAAUGACUAACGCCAAUUAUGAUAAGUGCUUUUCAGAAUCUUCUACGUGAAAUACAUGGAUGGCUACUGGCUUUAUCCUCUCUUAUCCUUCUUAUCCCGCGAACAUUUUUUCGUGGCUUAUUUCGCAGCAGUCGUCGGAUACUUCCUCAUUUCUCAAUUUGCGAAAUUGCAGAACAAUUUCAUUUGGGGUAUUUAUCAUUAAAUCCUGACAACGAAGAAAAAUGUCUUACAGGUCAGGAAACAAUGCGGAAAUGGAAGAACAAGUGA